AUGAAAGUUCUGAUUUUCUCUCUUUUGGCCACAAUCGUUGCAUCUGCAAACGGAGAGAUGACUAAUUAUACGGAAUAUACAGAGGUGAGAUGAUGAUAGGGAAGUUGUAAAAAUGGCCACAAAAAUAUGAGACAAGAUUUUCGUUUUAAACCAUAAAUUUUGGCCCUUUAAUAAUAAUCUAUUUGUAUUAUUUUCAGAACGUCUCAAGCGAAGUGGUCUAUCUAACAGUCAAGCUGCACAAAAUUAUGGCCGCCGGAGGGCUGAUCGUCGACCCUAUCGAAUUGGGGGUCAGAAUGAACUAUUUCAUCUACCAGGUAAGUCAUUAAACACUGUACGACACAGAGUAAUCCAAUCCACAUUUCAGAUCCUACAACUAUCGUCCUCUCACGGGAUUGGCGAAAAAGUUUUGACCGAACAAAUGAAAUCACAUAGACUGUUACUGAACAUUUCAGACAAUGAUCUGUUGGGUGAGGGCCUAAAGAAAUACGUUGAGCAAUUGGGUAAUACUCGACAAAUGAUGGCAGAAAGAGUCCCUGAAAACUAUUUGACGUUUUUUGAUGGACGAAUUGAAAUGCUCGAGGCAAUUGUAGCAGUGAGUAAUUUGGAGCUAAAGCUGACACUUAAAAACAGUUUUUAGACUUUAAAAAAAUGGUUAGCUGUUUAUGAAACUUUUCGUAGAGGAUGGUUAGGGUCUCGCAAGGCUUGAUAAAUAAUUUUAAAUCUUUUUUAAGAGGUAAUACUCAAAUAUGGGCCAAAAGAUCUCGCUUCACUAUAUUUUGAUGUUCUUAAACUCCAGCUUCUUGAUGAUAUUACAGUAACAAACGUUUAUAUUGCUCUGAGACCCCUCAAUAGUCGUCAAAACCCUAACAUUGCAAAAUUUCAGGAGCGGGAAGUCAAUGUUUUGCCAAUCGUUAAAAGUCUACUACAACAACUUGGGUCCAACGAAUCCCCUGAAAAAGUAUUAGCCCUGUUUUAUCGGGCUAUUCAAGAAGCCUACACGGCUGGCGAGUCGGCUCACUUCAACCCAGUCAGCAGCGUGAGACGAUUGAAAAAAGAUUUGCUUGCGAUGAAAGGAGAAGAACUUGGAGACAAAUACGACGACUUGGUGCAGGAUUUACACGAGUUGUACGAAUUGCUUCUGUCUCACAAAGCCAAGAGAGGAAUGAUGAAGUCUUUUCCAAAUCUCUUCUGUAUCUUUCACCCUUCGGUAGCUCGGAAAUAAUUUUUUUGAAUACUGGUGUUGUAAAGAAAUAUAAAAGUAUAUAAAUGACGUUUCAAAAAGCAGUAUUAAAAUUUUUUGGAGACAAAAAAGGUCUAAUUAUCGCCCAGUUGGCAGCUUUCCUUCUGAUUUUUAGUCAUAUUCAAUAUCCACCACAGUCAAUGCACGUCCCACCACGAAAAAUUCCCGUUUGGCAUUCCGUUUAUUUUGCUGCUUUUGGCCGAAACGGACAAGAUUUUUUUGGAACACACGUUCUCUUUGCAAAUAGCCUUGAGUGCGGGUUGAAAACACACCAGGAAGGGUUUUGUGAUCUCUUCUUCUUCAUCAUGUUCAAGACCGUUGGGCACAUCCCGAAUAAAUUGCCAGGUAAACGUUUUUAUACAUUGUUUUUGUUGCGUUUAGGCGGGAAGGAGUAAACUUUACUGUUUGUUGUUGUUUGGUGUGGAAUUUUGAUAAAGAACUUGAUUUUGGAAAGUUGUAUUGAUGUUGUUGAUGAAUUUGGAUGUGCUGAAUUUUUGGUGUGUUUUUUGGAUGACGCAAUAUCAGUCGCCUGUCGAAAGAGAGAUUACUUAUGUCCAUGAGGGGUUUUGGAUUAAAAAUAAUGGCUACUAUGUUUUAAUUUAUUGUUUAUGUAAUUUCAGGUCGACAUCGAUGUGAGUGUCAAGCCAGAGUUCAUGGACUCAUCCGGAAUUGCACUGGAUGCGGGAGAAUCGUUUGUGAGCAAGAGGGAUCAGGUCCGUGUGUGUUCUGUGGGAAGUUUGUCUGUACGAAAGAAGAGGAAAAUGUAAGAGUUUGAAUCUUUUCUGUUCGUUGUUUAGGACAUCAGAAGUGACGUUUAUUUGCCCGUUUACAUGAAAUAUGAUGAAAUUUUGAUUACUGAACUAUAUCAGAAUUUUCAAAUUUUACAAUGGGAUAUGUUUCAGAUUAUAAUGAACGACAAGAAACGGGGAAUGCAACUUGAAAAGGACCUGAUGAAGAAAGCUGGGUAUGGUUCGGAUCUCAGUCGGAGUCGAGAAGAAGCUGAAGCCGAAAAAUACCGAGAUCAACUUCUCAAAGCCGACAGGGAAAGGUACGAGUUUCAGAGUUGGUUUUCUUUUCAUUUUAGACCGAUAUAAGUUUGUAUUUUAAUUCAGUGUUGUUCGUAAUCGAGUGCUGGAUUUGGACUCGGACUACUACAACGUCGAGAAUGGACAUUAUUUGACAGCUGAAGAGCGAAAGGCCAUUCAGAAAAGGAAAGAGGAACUUCAUAGACAACGACUGAAUCGAAAGGAUCGGGGCUUCAAAAUGGAUCUGGAUUUUGCUUCUGGCAGUGUGAAGGAGAUCAAGGUAAAAGUUUCAUUUUCAUACCAUUUUUUAUUUUUUUAGCUUGACAACGAUAUUGAGAAGGAAGAUGAUGAAGUGAUUCAAGGAAUUUUGAAUCGAGCCGAAGAAAGAAGAGAGCGAGAACGACAUCAACAAGUCUACCAGGACCGAAGGGAAGAUCUGCCCAAUGUGGAUUCAUUUCCAGCAAGGGUCAGUAUUUUAUAUUAUCAUUCCUCAUUAUUUUAGGUAAUUCAAGGCACUUCAUUUUUUUCAAUUUUCAGUACGACCCCAAGAAAACUGUCAGCAAAGAUCCAAAGGUACCUAAAACGGACUGGUCGCGGGCAAUAUACUUGGACAAGGACGAACGUUACACGGAAACGGAACGACAAGGAUGGUGCUUGUCCCUGCCACAACCAAAAGCUUCGGCGCUUCUGAGAGGUGAUAUAUGGUAUACAACAUGGCCGGAGGAAGUCAAUAUUGAAGGCCCAAUAUUUAUAGCGUCAACAGAAAGUCCAUCGGACAAUCUGCAAGCGUUUUCGGUGCUAGGGAGGAUCGUUUUGAACAAUUGUGUGACUAUAGUCGAGUUUAAAGAUGAGGUAAGAGAAUAUUGAUGACUUGAGGGAAAAUUUUGCGAAUUUUUUGAUAUAUGCGACCUGUAAUCAAUACCCCAUAGAAGUACUUUCCUUUUUAGAUUUGUGUUCUAUUUUGCUCUCAAAAUAUUAAUUUCAGAACCCAGAGAUCACCUUCCCGCCAGAUGUUACAGACCUCUUUGUAUUGACCUUUGACUCUCCAGAACCGUUGGGAACCCCAUUACCGUACGUAUCAAAGUCGGAACUCCAUCGAUUACCAUCGACUUUGCAAUUGGUCCUCAGAAGAAUGUAA